CUUUUUUCAAGUUCCCGGAUUGAAACAAACCGUUCAAACGCAGAAGCGAUGCUGGAAAUUGUCAACUUCUACGCCGUUUUGGCAUCCGUCCUAGCCGCUCAGGUGAUCGGAAUGACGUGGUACUCCGGCGUACUAUUCGGGAAGUUGUGGUUCAGACUCGCCUUUCCUGGCAAGAGAAUGGAAGACGUCGACACCGGCAGUAAAGUUCCCUACGUCGUCUCCUUCAUUGCUAGUGGCAUCACAGCACUUAUAUGCAACUAUCUGAUGAACAUACUUGCGAUCAAAAGCCUCGUAGACAUGCUAAUCGUCGCAUCUGUUACUUCAAGCUUUCAUUGCGCUCUCUCUAUCAUUCACGACUCUUUUCAACACACUUCCUUCGGUCUAUUUCUCAUUAAUGGAACGUAUGACUUUGUCCUGGUGUUGGCGUUCUGUCUCAUCUCGUUGCUGUUCAACCUGAAGUUCUGUUUCAGCUUCUAAGCCAAGCGAGAGUGAGCAGAGACUGCAGCUUCUGAUUGUCAGUAUUACUCAGGCGCAUGCGUAGUAUUAAAUGUUAGAAUUCUA